GCACGCAACCAUUUUGUGAUUUGGAAAUUAUUGUUAAGCCACCAGUACUAAUUCCAAGAUGGGAAACUGAAGAAUGGACUCAUCGACUCAUCACAAGGCUAAUGCAAUUUUUCGAGAAAUCAUACUUAACUCGGUUAUCUCAGUCAUCCAAUUCACCAUUUCGUAUUCUUGACAUUUGCACCGGUUCAGGAUGCAUAGCUUUAUCAUUAGCACGCUCGCUUCCGCCAAAUUCUUGCCACAUCCACGGUAUAGACAUUUCGUCCGACGCACUUUCAUUAGCUAAUAUAAAUCUUGAAAACAUAAAUAAGAAAAGAAAGUUUGAAAACCACGUUGAAUUUUUACAUCUUGAUAUUUUACAAACACCAAUUAGCGAAAUCAAAUCUUUUGUGCAAAAAGCCACAAAGUAUAAUUACGAUGAAGAAAACGAAUUCAAUCAAGACAAUGGAUUCGACUUAAUCGUUUCAAACCCACCUUAUAUUACCCACAAUGAAUAUGCCACUUUAGAUCCUGAUGUACGAUUAUGGGAAGAUAAGUGCGCUUUA